AUGAGGCUCGCACUCGCUCUCAUGGCCCUUGCGGCUGCAGCCAGUCACGGAGUUGACGCGCGAAAGAUGCGACAUCACAGGAAGCCAAAGGACGGCUAUCACGUUGUGGCAGCGACGGCCUUCUCAACUGGCUCUUCUGCCACGGGCAGUGCUCCGUCUACGGCUACCAUCACGCCGACGCCGGUGAUGGGGCCCUCCACGGGUACAACCUGCAUGCCUAGUACCGUCUGCGUUGAUGGGUUUACUUGCGGGGUGCGGUAUGGCGGAUGCUACGACAAGAACUAUUGCGAUGGCACUACUUCGUCGUUUUCUGUCCCCACUUGCAGCUCGUCGCCGUCGAGUGGUUUGACGGCGAAGAAGAUGAACCCGUUGAUGGCGAAGCUGGAGCACGAGCUCGAGCAAGAGGCUGCGGCGGCGGCGGCGAGGAAGGAGCAGAGGUAG